GCCGGAUUCCUGACGAGGCAGAAUUAGGGGCGCGGGGAAGGAAACAGAGGCUCCGGGAGACAGCAGGAGACAGCGCCAGUGCAGCAAGAGCCUCCACGCUGAGAAGCUGGAGCAGGGCUCCAGCACGGACUGGCAGCGGGGACCAGACACUGCUCCCGGAGCAGCAAGCCCAGCCGGUGUCUCUGCUGGGGCGGGGGACACAGCGCUCUCUCCCACCGCGCUCUGCCCAGCAGCCAGGCCUCAUGGACUGCAGGGCAAUGCUGGACCAUCACAGCUGCAAUGGCGUGUGCGGUUGCUGUGGUGCGCUGCGUCCCCGCUACAAGCGGCUGGUGGACAAUAUCUUUCCGGAGGACCCAGAGGAUGGGCUUGUGAAGACGAACAUGGAGAAGCUGACCUUCUACGCCCUGUCGGCUCCGGAGAAGCUGGACCGCAUCGGUGCAUACCUCUCGGAGAGGCUGAUCCGAGACGUCAGCAGGCACCGCUAUGGGUAUGUGUGCAUUGCUAUGGAGGCGCUGGACCAGUUGCUGAUGGCCUGCCACUGCCAGAGCAUCAACCUCUUUGUGGAGAGCUUCCUCAAGAUGGUAGCCAAGCUGCUGGAGUCGGAGAAGCCCAACCUGCAGAUCCUGGGGACCAACUCGUUCGUGAAGUUUGCGAACAUCGAGGAGGACACCCCCUCCUACCACCGGAGCUAUGACUUCUUCGUGUCCCGCUUCAGUGAGAUGUGCCACUCCAGCCAUGACGACCCGGAGAUCAGAACCAAGAUCCGGAUGUCUGGGAUCAAGGGGCUGCAGGGGGUGGUGAGGAAGACUGUUAAUGAUGAGCUCCAAGCCAACAUCUGGGACCCGCAGCACAUGGACAAGAUCGUGCCUUCGUUGCUUUUCAACCUGCAGCACGCCGAGGAGGCCGAGAGCCGUUCCCCAUCGCCUCUGCAAGCCACGGAGAAGGAGAAGGAGAGUCCGGCGGAGCUGGCGGAGAGGUGCCUGCGGGAGCUGCUGGGGCGGGCGGCUUACGGCAACAUCAAGAAUGCGAUCAAACCGGUUCUCAUCCACCUGGACAACCACUCGCUCUGGGAGCCCAAGAUCUUUGCCGUUCGCUGCUUUAAGAUCAUCAUGUACUCUAUCCAGCCUCAGCACUCCCACCUUGUGAUCCAGCAGCUCCUGGGACAUCUGGAUGCCAACAGCAAGAGCGCAGCCACCGUGCGCGCGGGGAUCGUGGAGGUCCUCUCGGAGGCAGCCGUCAUUGCAGCUUCCGGAUCCGUGGGACCAACAGUGCUGGAGGUCUUCAACACCCUGCUGAGGCAGCUCCGGCUGAGCAUCGACUACGAGCUGACGGGCAGCUAUGACUGUGCCAUCAGCAUCGGGACCAAGAUCAUCAAGGAGCACGAGGAGAGGAUGUUCCAGGAGGCCGUCAUCAAGACCAUUGGUACCUUUGCCAGCACCCUGCCCACCUACCAGCGGUCCGAGGUCAUGCUCUUCAUCAUGAGCAAAGUCCCGCUGCCUUCUCUGCAUCACGCUCUGGACACCGGGAAAGCUGGAGAGAACAGGAACCGCCUGACUCAGAUAAUGCUGCUGAAAUCCCUCCUUCAGGUCUCCAUAGGUUUCCAGUGCACCAACAUGCUCACGGCCCUUCCCAGCUCCUUCCUGGACAGGCUGCUCUCGCCGGCCCUGAUGGAAGACCCUGAGAUCCGUCUCUUUGUCCUCGAGAUCUUGAUCAGCUUCAUCGACCGCCAAGGGAACAGGCACAAGUUUUCCACCGUCAGCACCAUCAGCGAUAUCUCAGUCCUGAAGCUGAAAGUGGACAAGUGCUCUCGGCAGGAUACCGUCUUCAUGAAGAAGCAUGCCCAGCAGCUGUACCGCCACAUCUACCUGACCUGCAAGGAGGAGGGCAACCUGCAGUCGCACUACGAGGCUCUCUACAGCAUGCUGGCACUCAUCAGCAUUGAGCUGGCCAACGAGGAGGUGGUGGUGGACCUCAUCCGCCUGGUGCUGGCCGUGCAGGAGGUCGCCCAGAUCAAUGAAGACAAUCUGCCCGUGUACAACCGCUGCGCCCUAUACGCCCUCUGCGCUGCCUAUUUGAACCUCAUCAGCCAGCUCACCACCGUGCCGGCCUUCUGCCAGCACAUCCAUGAGGUCAUCGAUAUGAGGCAGAAGGAGGCCAUGUACCUGCUGCCAGAGGACAUUUUUGUGGAGAGGCCCAGGCUGACGAGAAGCCUGGACCGCCUGGGGCCCGAGGUCCUCUUCCGGCAGAGCAAGAUCAGCGAGGUGCUGGGGGGCAGCGGCUACAACUCUGACAGGCUCAGCACACCCUACAUCCCCCAGCUGACAGAUGAAGAUCGCUUGUCUAAGAGGAAGAGCAUCGGGGAGACCAUUUCCCUGCAGGUGGAAGUGGAGUCGAGAAACAGCCCUGAGAAGGAGGAGAGAGCACCCGCGGAGGAGAUCACGUAUGAAACACUGAAGAAAGCCAUUGUAGACAGCGUGGCGGUGGAGGAGCAGGAGCGCGAACGCCGGCGGCAGGUGGUGGAGAAGUUCCAGAAGGCUCCUUUUGAAGAGAUCGCGGCCCAUUGUGGCGCCCGGGCGACGCUGCUACAGAGCAAGCUGAACCAGAUCUUCGAGAUCACUAUCCGACCCCCGCCCAGCCCCUCGGGCACCAUCACCGCUGCUUACGGCCAGCCCCAGAACCACUCCAUCCCUGUGUACGAGAUGAAGUUCCCAGACCUGUGCGUGUACUGAGAGGCGGAGCAGGUGCCGAGGGAAGGCCAGACCCCAGUUCGGACGGAGCCGGGAAGGGUGAGAGCAGGUGCCUUCCGCAUGGACGAAAAUGGAGAGGAAACCGAUGACCAUCAUAAGAGCUCCGUUCUUCGGAGAACUUUGCAACCCAUCUUCCCUCUUGCGGAGCCACAUGGACGGAGAAUGCCCCCAGGACUCUUCAGUAACCUCAGUCACUUGAAUGUCCUGUACGCGGCGGCUUGCUUUCUUCUUAUCCAGCUGACGAUGCAGGAGACUCGAGUGGUUCCCAACAGCAGUUUCACGGGUUCAGGGACCAGGGACCAUGCGGGGCGGGUGGAUGUUUUUGGCAGAAGCAGGUCAAGAGGUUUCUUUAUCUAGCUGGGGAGCAGGGGGUUAGAUGUUCCUACUCCAAAAAGGAUUCAGUUGGCACGCUGACCUCCGCUACGCCACGCCAGCCAGGAUGUCACAGCCACCUGCCCGGGGUCAGGCUGGAGGGAGGUCUUAGCAAGGUGCUUUUGGUGGGAGCUCGAGGUUUGAUAGCCAGAAAGGGACUUGUCACCCCCUAGCAUGACAUCCUGCCUAGCGCCGGCGUAGCUGGAACCAAAUGUGCACGGCCCCAAGAGUGCAAAGGUGCAUCGCAGUUGCCUUUCAACGGCACAGAGCGGUGUGUAACCUCCAAGCGAGCAGCAGGCCCGCCCGGGGAGAGCCGACGAGGCGUCUUGGUUCACUGCAAGGGAUUUUUGUGCCCCAGGUUCCUGCUCUGUGGAUGUGUGUUGGCGUUUGCAGUGACGAUGAGACAGGAGUUGCGAUCCACAUCUUGCAGGGCAGAUCCCUCUUCCACGGUAGUGUCUUCCUGCAAGUUGUCAAGCAAAAUGGCAAUGGAUCCCCAUGGCUCGUUGUAUGGGGCAAGUGGAAGGAACCCGAACAGCUCUGCUGUGUCUCAUGAGAUCUGUACUGCUAGAAGCUAAGGGCGAUUCUCCACUAGGCACGGGGUUGAAGACUUGGGAGUGGGAGGACGGGGCCUGAGAGGCCUGCUGUGUGCAUGAGGGGAUAUGAUUAGGAUGCAACACCCUGAUCCUUCAAUCUGGGGGUGGGUGUCAGGGGGUGGGUGGUGAUUCUGCUCUUCUGGUGUCAAUCACGGAGCAGUCCCCAAGCCCCCAGGCAGUGUGUCUUGCAGGGAGGACUGAGGACAGGCGAGAGCCUGGGAGCACCCAGAAAGCAGAUGCGGCAGGCAGAUUGGAGCAGUAAAUUAGGCAUUAUCUCUGUCAUCCCUGGCAUAUCCCAUAGGCCAGCCCGAUGCUCCGGGGCAGGAAAACUGGGAGUGUCUGCAUGAAGACAUGACCCGUGGGCGUUGUGGGAACCACCUGGUCAUGUGGAUUAUAAUCCUGCUGGUUUUGAGGGAGGACAGCCGUCCAUGAGGAGUUGAAAUUUCCAAUGUUUGGGCUUUGUCCUGCUUCAAGUUUGAUCGUUCAGCAAAAUCCUUCCAGUAAAGGAGCAGAAACACCCUUGUUUAGAUCAUUCUCAACUCGACCCCCUCCAUGUUACAGUCAGUAACAGAGGAGGGGGCUUGAGGGGUCUGUAGCCCCCCCCUUGCAGUCUCCAAUAGACUGUGGAUUAAGCCUCCGGUCCUCGAUCUAGUCUGGAUCUCAUGAAGAUGCAGCCCUUAAAAAUCUUCCCCCUUAGGUAUGCACAGAAGAAAAUGCCCUUAAGGGCGACUUGCAAAGCACAUAGAAAAACUGGUUUCAUGCCUUGACAUCCCGUAUUUUGCUUUGUUUUGCAAAGGGCUUGGAAGGAUUAUUAUUUUCUUUCAUUUACUUUGUUAAAAUCAAAAUUUUCUUUCCAGUCUUUGUGGGGGGAGUCUCUUUGGAGGACCAGAAGUGGAAGGGACUGGAGCCUUUUCAUACCUUAAUUGAAAGGGAAAUGGUAGCAAAGUUUUGCCAGUAAAAGCCUUUCUCCCAAGUGAGAGCCUUUCGCCUCUCCCUCCAGGGAGGUGAAACAUUUAAAGAACAGAUUCAUGUUUUCUUGUGAAAAAACACAAGACAAAAUGUUCCUCCUCUGGAAAUACCCUUGGGAAAUCAUCAUGGCUCAUUUUGAAGAGGAGACUGUUGUAUUUCUCUCCCGCUUCCCCCCCUCUUUGCAGGUCACUUUUAGCUCUCGGGCUGGACAUUUUAAACCCUCGCACGGCUGCCGGUUAAGCGUGUGGUUAGCUUGCUAGUUGCCAAGCCCAGACCACACCGCUUCUCUCUUUGCAGCUUAUUACAAGUCCCUGAGCGGCGGAGGGAAUUUAGACACCCGUUGGAGUGGCGACUUCUUUCUUUUCACUGCAUUAUAGAGGCCAGAAGGUCUGCGAGUGAGGGUUUGUUUCUAUUGCUGAAGGUUUUUCUUUUGCCUUAGCAGUGUCGGUAAUGCCGUGUCUGAUCUGUUUGCUUUUCCCGGAGGGCUUCAGGUGUGGAUUUAGGGAUUCUCCCACCCCCUAAUUGGAUGGCCGGGAGGGGAAUUGAAUUAGACCGGCCUCUUGUGAGCUAAGAUUGAGCGUAGGAAGUAUCUGAACUGCUGAACUAAAGAGUCUGAGAUGGAGGAUGCUUGCCUGUAGUAUCUGGGAGGCACCUGAACCCCAAGACAUCCAGGCUUGGGCCUCCAUGUAGGAUGCCUGCCAAGGGAUUUGGGAGCGUCUGAAAUCCCAGGGUGAGAGCCUGGGAUGGAGGAUGCUUGUGUGUUGUUGCUCCAGACAUGGUGUUUAGAACGAUUGCGUUCAGUCGAUACGGUUUUUGGAGCAAUUGAGUUCUGCUCAGUCGACACGAUUUGGCUAAUUUGACCUGGAACAUAAAAUAUAUUAUUUAAAAAAAAAAAGGCCUUUCACCAAGAGCUCCUUUUUCCCAGGUGUUUUCUAGGCAUUGCAAUGAAAUAGCGAACAGCAACUUGGAUGGAUCUGGUUUGUCUCUGCCCCGUGCCUUGCGCUGCCAUUUGUUCCUGUGCAAAAAAAGGUCUCAAACGUUCCCAGAAUGGAGAAGUCUCAUCUGAGGUUGUGUUUGCUUCCACGUGGCAGGAUCAUAGCGGACAAGGCCCAUUGCAGGACAAAUGGACAGCCAAAUCCAAAGCACUUUAACAAGGCGCUGCCAAGCUGCAAUCUGCCGGCUUGGGAAUAUGAACUAAAGGAUGUUUCGGACCCGGUGGCUGCACGGACACGAGACGGUCCCUGCGCGGUUGUUCCUGCACAGUCACUUAAUACUUGCACGCACAAAUACUAAAUGACUGUGCGGUAACCAGUAGUGUCCCUGCAUGCCUCCUUGGUGAUGCUGAUUGCGUGGUAGCUUGUUACGACUGUGCAGGAGCGUCACAUCGCUCUUCAGGUCCAGCCGGGGUGGGGUGGAUGGUGUGAUAAGAGUAGCCACCAGAUGAAGGGCAGCUGAAGGAGGCAUGUGGCCAGCUGCAAGGGGCUGGCAUCUCCUGUCCUGUCCAGGAGUGGAGGCUCAGGGCCCCGCUGUGUUCCCCCAGACCUGGAUGGCCGGGGCGUGGGGCAGUGCGGGCUGGAGAGAAGUCAUCCCCCAGCCCUGCCUGGUCAUCCUGGUUGUUAAUUGAGGCCCUGAUAGCACUUUGGAUUGGUCAUAGUCAUCUUUCACGGACCCCGUAGACAUAGUCUUCAGACCCCCAGGUCUCCAUGGACCACAGGUUGAAAACCGCUGCCCUUGACAAACUCCAGCUGCCACGGGUGCAGGAGUCGACCACUGCUGAUCCUGUCCCCUGCCUCUUUGCUCAGCUCACGGAGAGGGGGAAGCAACAACGAGACACCGUGCAGAAUCCUCCUGGCCCCCCAGACCUGGGACCUCCUGACCCCUCCAACCCCGACUUCCCAGCUGGUCCCUUGGUGCCUCCUCCAUCACGUACCCUAUGGACCAUCGAAGCCCUGGCUCGGUUUGGCAGCUCACAAAGGGGCGUGCAAAACAGGCGAGCGAUUGUCGAGGGAGCAGUAGUAACCCCUGAAUUGGGAAUACCCCGUAUCAGUGCACUGGGAACACUGACACGUGGUUAAACAGGCAGCGCCCGUAACCCUCAGCCCCAGUGCUGCUACCCGGCUCUCUUACCGAUUUUAUUACACCCAAGGAAAGGCCGCUCUCUACAAGAGCUCCAGAAUAAAGGGAGGGAAGAAGCUAGAGGAACGAGUUGGGUCUAUAUUGCUGGUUACAUUUGAUGGGAACCGAGAAACAGGUCAUCUGAGAGGGGUCUUCUGUUAUGGGGGGGCGUAUUUUCAUUUUUUUUAGUUAUUUUUAAUCUAACAAUUUUUCAAGUAUUUUUUUAAAGCUAGAACAGUUCAAAGCAAAAUAAAACAAAUCCCCAAGAUUUUUCCUGGCAAGUUUGGAAGAUUUCUGUCCCCUCUCCCCCAUUUGCUCUCUUUUUCUGUUUUCAACUCUUUCUCCUCCUCCUUUGCCUAUUUGAAAAGUGUGCAAGGAAAGUUAAAAAAAUAUAAAUAAAUAAAAUAUGAGAGGGAAUAGCACUUUCGCUCAUUAAAGUGAACAUUUUCACUCCUUGUUGACCUACUUUCUCUUGCCUGAAAAGAGAAACGCAGAACAGCACUUAGGCAUUUUUCAGGAUGAGGGUGGAAAGCGUGGACAUUUUCCUCAAAUAAAUGAGGACCUAGGAGCUGCAAAUCAAAAUUACGCAAUGAAAAUUUCUUUUUUUUUUUUAAUGGAUUGAAAAUAAACUUUUUGUUUCUUUUUUUAAUUAAAGCUAUGGAAAUACAACUAGCCAAAGCAAACAGCGAGCUAGGUUCAGUCUGAACACCAGUGCUGAAACCCAUCUGCUAUAUAAUAAUGUCGGUCUCUUCAGACUUCAUAGCCCCAACCCUUUUGUUCACAGGGGAUGCACCUACAUGUGUAUUUACUGCGCAGGAACCAAAAUUACUGCACAGCAUGGACACACGUCUACAUGUGCAUGCCUGUACCGUGCAGCAAAUAUGGUGAUUUACACUGACUUGUGCUUAAAUUGGCUACUUGCAUCAUGCAGGUAUCACAUUUAUGCCCCAUUAGUUGCUGCGCAAUAACGCACGUAUAGACUCCUUACUGCACAGUAACACUGUGCGUGUGGACUGACUUGGGACUAACUUUAGUCCCAAGUCAUUUCACACACAGCGUUAAUGCACUUUAAUGCCUGCACGUGUAGACGCCGGCCUAUUCCUGCUUACUGCGCAGUAAAUUUAAGCCGGUGUAAAUCACGUGUAGACACACCCAGAAAGGGGUGAUUAUAGUUCAGGUGGUACUUGGGGGAGGGAACUGGGGGGCCUGCUUAAAAUUUGCAGAAGGCACUGGGCUGGGGGUGACGGGACAUACUUUGGAGGAAAGGGCUAGUCAUUCAAACUGGAUGCAAAGCCAAGCAAAGACCUGGAUCAACUGGAGAUCCAGCCUGAAAUCUCAAAGUUAGUCAAGACAAGUGCAAAGUGCUGCACUUAAGAAGGAAAGAAACUCAAAGUCAAAUGGACAGUGCAGGCAGCACUGUGGCAGACAAGCCUCUGGAGAUAACCGUGUAUCACAUGCUGAUUAUAAGUCAAGAAUAGGAUGCAGUCGCAAAACAGGCAUUUGCUAUUCUGGGAUCUGUUAAUGAGAGAGCGCUGUGUAGGACAUGGGAGGUAUUUACUCUGUUCUACCCAAGUCUGCUAAGGCCUCAGCACCAAGUUUAAGCACCUCACUUUGCAAAAAAAGGGUGUGUGUGUGUGUAUAUAUAUAUAUAUAUAUAUAUAUAUAAAUAUAUAGACAAAGUGGAGAGAGUCCAAAGGAGAACAAGAUGGAAAAACUUCCUGGAGAAGAGGCUGGAGGAGUAAAUUGUGAAGAGAGAGGGCUGAUGGGAAGCUGCCACUUGUCCAAGGUAGAUAGAGGAAGGACACAUCAACUAUUCGUGGUUCUCCAUGAUAAAACAGUAGCUGACUUAAUUCGCGGUUAAGGAGGUUUGGGUUAGAUAUUAGGAAAGAAACAGCCAGCUUUGAGGAGAGUUAACCCCUGGACCAGGUCACCCCAGAAAUCCCUAUCGUUAUAGUUUUGGGCUGGGAUGGUUUAGUCAAGGAUGAUCCUACCUUGAGCAGGGGGCUGGACUAGAUGAGGUCUCCUCCAGCCCUACUUUCCUAUGAUCCAGGGUUCGACGGGCACCUGUUAGGGGUGGUCUUGAUAUGCCUAAUUCUGCCUCAGAGUAAAGAGGGGUAGACUAGACAAUCCCUUGCGGUCCCUUCAACCCUACCUUUCCCCAGUCAUUGAUCCGAUAGUGGUGAUCCUUGUAUUCUUGACUGGUGCCAUGUGAUGCUUGAGCUGCCUCUGAAUGUGCUGAGCGGUGUCACAGCUGAGACUGAAACCAUCUCCUGUCUACUCUUGUCUUGCACAAAACCAGCAUGUUUUGUUCUCAGCCCACACUGAGAUGCUCCCCCCUUCUCCCCUCUCGGAAAUAGGUAGCUCUAUUUGCACUAAGCGUCGAACCUGGAAACAUGAACUCCAUCCUGUAAAUGUCUCCCACGUGCAUUGUAAUUGCCCUGUUUGUAUGUUCACGUUUAGUAUAGAUACUGUAUAUAUAUAUACAUAUGAUAUAAAUAUAUUUAUAUAAACCCGGUGUAGGUGCAUGUGUACGUUUCCAUUUGUGUACUUCGGGAGCGCUGUAUCGUUUUUGUGACGGUGAUUGAGAUUGAGGGGGAGCAUACGUUGUCUGAAUGGUUUACGGUCACAUUUUGGUCAGGAUAUUUUCAUCUUUAUGCCCUUUUCAAAUAAAUGUUAAUGUUGUCAUGUU